GCACCACCAUGGGCCUCGUCCCCCAGCUCGGCGGCGGCGGCAGCGCCUCCUCCCCGGGCCGACGCCGCCCCUGCCCCGGCUCGAUCUUCGGCAACAUUAAGGUGUUUGUGUUCUGCCACGGCCUCCUGCAGCUCUGUCAGCUCCUCUACAGCUCCUACUUCAAGAGCAGUCUCACCACCAUCGAGAAGCGCUUCGGCCUCUCCAGUUCUUCCUCAGGUCUCAUUUCCAGCCUGAAUGAGAUCAGCAAUGCCACCCUCAUCAUCUUCGUCAGCUACUUCGGCAGCAGAGUACACCGGCCCCGGAUGAUUGGCAUUGGGGGUCUCUUGCUGGCUGCAGGUGCCUUCGUCCUCACCCUCCCACACUUCCUCUCGGAGCCGUACCUGUACACUUCAGUCAGCACUGGCAACCGCAGCCACAUCUCGGCUGAGCUCUGUCAGAAACAUCGGCAGAACGUCCCCCCCAGCCGGUGCCAUAGCCCCGCUCAGGACACCCAGAAGGAGACCAGCAGCAUGUGGGGCCUGAUGGUCAUGGCCCAGCUGCUGGCUGGCAUCGGGACGGUGCCCAUCCAGCCCUUUGGGAUUUCUUACGUGGAUGACUUCGCAGAACCCACCAACUCUCCCCUGUACAUCUCCCUCUUAUUCGCCAUUGCCGUAUUUGGACCGGCCUUUGGGUACCUGCUGGGUUCUGUCAUGCUACAGAUCUUUGUGGACUAUGGCCGGGUAGACACAGCUACAGUGAACUUGAGCCCUGGUGACCCACGAUGGAUUGGAGCCUGGUGGCUGGGCCUGCUCAUUUCUUCAGGCUUCUUGGUUCUCACCUCUUUCCCCUUCUUUUUCUUCCCUAGAGCAAUGCCCAGAGAAGCAGAGAGAUCUCUUGCCAUAGCGGAUGAGGCCAGCAAGAUGGAAGAGGUCAAGUCUAGAGGCUCCCUGAUGGAGUUCAUUAAACGGUUCCCCCGCAUCUUCCUGAGGCUCCUGAUGAACCCACUCUUCAUGCUGGUGGUCCUGGCUCAGUGUACCUUCUCUUCUGUGAUCGCCGGCCUCUCCACAUUCCUCAACAAGUUCCUGGAGAAGCAAUAUGGAGCUUCCGCAGCCUACGCCAACUUCCUCAUCGGUGCUGUAAACCUCCCUGCUGCAGCCUUGGGGAUGCUGUUUGGAGGAAUCCUCAUGAAACGGUUCGCUUUCUCUUUACAAACCAUCCCCCGUGUCUCUGCCACCAUCAUCACCAUCUCCACCAUCCUCUGUAUCCCGCUCUUCUUCAUGGGAUGCUCUACCUCUGCCGUGGCUGAGGUCUACCCCCCCAGCACAUCAAGUUCUAUACAUCCGCAGCCUCCUGCCUGCCGCAGGGACUGCUUGUGCCCGGAUACCAUCUUCCACCCGGUCUGCGGAGACAAUGGAGUCGAGUACCUCUCCCCUUGCCAUGCCGGCUGCGGCAGCGUCAACAUGAGCUCCGUCACCUCCAAGCAAGCGGUCUACUUGAACUGCAGCUGUGUGACCGGGGGAUCUGCUUCAGCCAAGACGGGCUCGUGCCCCAUCUCCUGUGCCCACUUCCUUCUCCCCGCCAUCUUCCUCAUCUCCUUCGUCGCCCUGAUAGCCUGCGUCUCCCACAACCCGCUCUACAUGAUGGUCCUGCGUGUGGUGAACCAAGAUGAGAAAUCGUUUGCCAUCGGAGUACAGUUCUUGCUGAUGCGCUUGCUAGCCUGGCUGCCCGCGCCCGCCCUGUACGGCCUCACCAUUGACUCCUCCUGCAUCCGGUGGAACCUGCAUUGCUCGGGGAGGAGGGGGGCCUGCGCCUACUACGACACGGAUGCUCUCCGGGACAGGUACCUUGGCCUGCAGGAGGGGUAUAAGAUACUGGGCACGGUGCUGCUCUUCUUCGUCAGCUGGAGGGUGAAGAAAAACAGGGAGUACAAUGUUCAGGGAAAGGCCUCGGGCCUCAUCUGACCCACGACUGGCGGGAGCUUGCCUUGCUCCUGGGACUGAACUCUUGCCUCUCCACACCUGCCUGUAUUUACCAAUGUUAACCCCCCCCUCCCCUCUCUCUUUCUCUUUUUGAAAUAAGAGGGAAGAAAAGAAAUCCAUCACCAUUUGCC